UCCUCCCGGCGCUUCCUUCCUUUCUAGAACCUUCGAUCGUAGCUCGUGCUCCUGCUUUCUUCUUCGCUUCGCGAUGGCCGUCGAUCUCACCCCGAGGCAGCCCACCAAGGCGUACGGCGGCGAGGGUGGCGCGUACUACGAGUGGAGCCCCGCGGAGCUGCCCAUGCUCGGCGUCGCCUCCAUCGGCGCCGCCAAGCUCUCGCUCGCCGCCGGCGGGAUGUCCCUCCCCAGCUACUCCGACUCAGCCAAGGUCGCCUACGUCCUCCAAGGCAAGGGAACCGUCGGCAUUGUCCUGCCUGAGGCCACCAAGGAGAAGGUGGUGGCGGUGAAGGAGGGCGACGCUCUGGCGCUCCCCUUCGGCGUGGGCACCUGGUGGCACAACACCGGCGAGUCAGCCACCGAGCUCGUCGUCCUCUUCCUCGGCGACACCUCUAAGGGCCAUAGGCCCGGCCAGUUCACCAACUUUCAGCUCACCGGCUCCAGCGGCAUCUUCACGGGCUUCUCCACGGAGUUCGUCGGCCGCGCCUGGGACCUGAAGCAGGACGACGCGGCCAAGCUGGUCUCCAGCCAGCCGGCCUCUGGCAUCGUCAAGCUCGCGGCGGGGCAGAAGCUCCCGGCGCCCGUCCCCGAGGACCGCAAGGACAUGGCGCUCAACUGCCUGGAGGCCAAGCUGGACGUGGACAUCCCCAACGGCGGCCGCGUGGUGGUGCUCAACACCGCCAACCUGCCGCUUGUGAAGGAGGUCGGGCUGGGUGCUGACCUUGUGAGGAUCGACGCCCACUCCAUGUGCUCGCCCGGGUUCUCCUGCGACUCGGCGUACCAGGUGACGUACAUCGUGCGCGGCAGCGGCCGCGUGCAGGUCGUCGGCCCUGAUGGCAAGCGCGUCCUGGAGACCCGCAUCGAGGGCGGCAGCCUCUUCAUCGUGCCCCGCUUCCACGUCGUGUCCAAGAUCGCCGACGCCUCCGGCAUGGAGUGGUUCUCCAUCAUUACCACCCCCAACCCGAUCUUCAGCCACCUUGCGGGGAAGACCUCGGUGUGGAAGGCCAUCUCGCCCGAGGUGCUGGAAGCGGCGUUCAACACGACGCCGGAGAUGGAGAAGCUCUUCCGGUCCAAGAGGCUCGACUCGGAGAUCUUCUUCGCCCCAAACUAGAAAAUCAUUCAUCGUCUUAAGAGUUAGGAAAUAAAUAGUUUUAAGAGAUUCGAGUGUGUCAGUUAAGCUUGAUAUUAUGAUUUUGAUCGAUCACCUCAGCCAUUCUAUCAUAGUUUCUUCUGGCAGAACAAAAUGUUACUGUCAGGGUGUCGUUUGUUAAUUCGAGCGUGUGCUUGUGACCAUCCGAGCUGGUUUCGGAGCAAUCGAUAUAUCGUUUGGUAUUUACAUAUCUUAUGUGUGAAAUGUUGUCUGAUAUAUCCUUUGGUCUUGCUGAUGAUGCAGUCAAUUUAUCAA